UCCGCCUACUGCUCCGCCGCCAGGUCCUCUAGUCCUUGCCACUAACACCAGGAAUUACUCCGCCUCCGAAUAACAGUUUCUAAAGGUGUCUUUCUAAGGUCUGACCAUGUCCGCCAAAGACUGUCAAGAAACUGUUGAGCACUCCGUCCAACUCAAGUUCUUCUCCGCUGUGUUUUACGCCGGCAGCUCGUUUCUCAUCACGGUGGUGAAUAAAACAGUGCUGACGAGUUUCAGGUUUCCCUCCUACAUGUGUCUGGGCAUUGGCCAGAUGAUCACCACUCUUGUUGUCCUUUAUGCUGCCAAAAUGAGCAAAGCAAUCCAGUUUCAAGAUUUUGACAGAACUAUACUGUUAAAGAUGUUCCCUCUUCCUUUGCUGUAUGUUGGGAACCAUAUAACGGGACUGGCAAGCACCAAAAAACUAAGUUUACCCAUGUUUACAGUGUUACGGAAAUUCACCAUAUUGAUGACAAUGAUCUUGGAGGUGUAUAUACUAAGAAAAACGUUUUCUAAGCGCCUUGUGUACAGUGUCACAGCCAUAGUUCUUGGUGCCAUGGUUGCUGCAAGUUCUGACCUGGCCUUCGAUGUGGAGGGAUAUACUUUCAUCCUGCUCAAUGAUGCCUUCACUGCCGCCAGCAGUGUGUACACCAAGAAGAAACUUGGCACUGAGGGCCUUGGGAAAUAUGGUGUCUUAUUUUACAAUGCACUAAUCAUUAUCAUCCCCACUCUGAUGGCAAGUGCAUUUACUGGAGAUUUACACAAGGCAGUCACAUAUGAGGACUGGGUUAAAGCCACAUUUAUUAUGUGUUUCCUCGUGUCCUGCUUCAUGGGGUUUGUGCUGAUGUACUCCAUAGUCCUGUGCAGCUAUUAUAACUCAGCACUUACUACCACAGUAGUGGGAGCAAUAAAGAAUGUUGCAGUAGCCUAUAUUGGUAUCUUUGUGGGUGGAGACUACCUGUUCUCUUGGACUAACUUCCUUGGACUCAGUAUAUGCAUGUCAGGUGGACUAGCGUACUCAUAUUUCACCUUUAACACCACCUCAUCGAGAAGUAACACAGAAGGAGAAAAGGAGCUGAAGAUUCACAUUACAGAAGAUUCAACAGGGAAGUACUAACUAAAUGGACAAUAUUUUAGCAUUCACCACUUGGUGGCAUUGUUCUGCUCCAUAUUGGAGCACAGUAUUGCUUCUACACUUUUAUAUCCAUUUAAAGGUUCCAUAUGUAACAUGGUAACAUAUGGUAUAUGUGUACCAUUGUUAGUAAUGACACCAGGUGGUCAUUAGUUAAACUGCAGGCAGCAACCUGAUAUAAAUCCACAGACAACUGUGACAGUUGGGGGAAGGCCCCAUUUACAAGAUGUUAACUUAUUGCAUUAAAAAGUUAAUACAUAAAAAUAAUAUGUAAAAUGCUUCAGAAUACUACAUAUGGAAUUUUGUUUUAUCAAUGUAUUCAUUUCCCUGGAUACAUUACUGGUGCUACCUUUUUAAUUUCACUUAUAAAUCGUGACUAAAUAAAUUGACAAGGGCACAUAAAUUCUGGGUCAGGUUCA